AUGGCGCUCCUCGUUGCUGUCGUCUCAGUCUCAGUUGUCGACUCGGUGCUGUUGGGUUACGACAGUUCGAUCAUGGGCAGUCUCAAUGUGAUGCCGACAUACCAGAAGUACUUCACUCUGACCACGGCCACUAAGUCGCUGAACACGGCAAUCUCCUAUGUCGGAGGGUCCUGUUCUGCUCUCCUUGCUGGAUUCGUCGUCGGCUGGAUUGGCAGGUGGAAAAGCAUCAUGCUUUCUUGCGUGCUCACUCUUAUUGGCGCAGUCAUUCAAACUGCGGCCCAGAAUAUCGGCAUGUUUAUUGCUGGGCGUUUCAUUGUUGGAUUUGGCCUGGGCUUUGCCCAAACAUCAUGCCCGACAUACGUGGCCGAGACUGCUCCUCCAAAGCACCGCGCAGUGGCAUUAGGUCUGUACUAUGCCUGCUGGGGUGUUGGGACCCUUGUUGCUUCAGGGGUUUGCUACUCGACGCAACACUACUCGUCCACAUGGGCCUGGAGAACCCCGAGCUUGGUCCAAAUAAUCCCUAGCAUCCUGUGCAUGAUCGUCCUACUGUUCCUCCCGGAGUCACCCAGAUUUCUCAUUGACCAUGAUCGGCAUGAUGAGGCCUUGGAGGUACUGGCAGCGCUCAACGCCAAUGGUGACAAAGAUUCUCCCGUCGUUCUGGUGCAGUACCGUGAAAUAACCGACACGAUUGCCUGGGAGAAGAGCCAGCAGCUGUCCUGGCGACAAGCUUUCAGCACCAAAGCGAACCGGAAGCGCAUCAUCAUCACCGCUACAUUUUCCAUUAUCGUUAUGCUUCCAGGAACGAACAUCAUUACCUUCUACUUUGGUACCAUGCUGUCACAAGCUGGUAUCACUGAUCCAACCACUCAACUGGAAAUCAAUAUCAUACUGACCUCGUGGACAUUGGUCGUCUCUCUAGUCGGCGCAUGGUAUGCCGACUCUCUGGGCAGGAAGACGCUCUGCGUGAUCAGCCUCGCAGGCCAGAUUGUGACCUUCUUUAUUCUCGCGGGACUCACCGCGGUAUAUGGCAACUCAACUGAUAAGUCAGGAAUAUAUGGCACCAUAGCGAUGAUAUUCCUCUACAACGCAGCAUAUGCGUACGGAAUUACGCCGCUCACGGUGCUUUACCCGCCCGAAGUACUAUCAUACUCUCUGAGAUCAGUUGGUAUGGGUUUGUAUACUCUGACCACGAAGCUCUCGGGCCUGCUUGUGACGAUGGCAUUUCCCUUCGCCCUGGAUGCCAUUGGAUGGAAGACGUACAUUAUCAAUGCGAGUGCGGAUAUCGUGAUGAUGGUCGGCGUUAUCUGGUAUUGGGUCGAGACAAGAGGCCUUACCCUUGAAGAGGUGGACAAGGUGUUUGACGGCAUCAAGCAUUCCGACGUGCCUGAUUUGAAGGCAGUUACUGAAGGGGAAGUCGAAGUUGGUUCCGAGUUGCUGAAGACAGUAACGAGCAUUGUGGAGAAUCAGGAAGUUGUGAUAAAGUCGGCAAAGUGA